CCCCCCCCCCCCAAAUAAUGCAUCCUUCAAGGACACACCCCAUUUCAGAACAAGACAUUUCCCCCUCUUAACUCCUGCCCACUCCUUCAUUUGUGGAGUCUUCCACACAGGGUCCACUGCAAAGCCCACUGACUUAAGACACCAUGACUGAAGAAACAACCGGAGGGAGUCCCACUAGACAGUCUGAUCCAAACAAAGUGGACGCCAAUGAAGGGGGUCCGAUCAGGGGGAAGUGGGCCAAUAAGUGGGAGUUUUUGCUUUCCAUGACUGGAGAGAUCAUCGGCCUAGGAAACGUGUGGCGAUUCCCUUAUUUGUGCUACAAGAACGGCGGUGGUGUCUUCCUCAUCCCGUACUUCCUGUUCCUGGCCUUCGGCGGGAUCCCCAUCUUCUUCCUGGAGACGGCGCUGGGUCAGUACACCAGCCAGGGCACCGUCACCGCCUGGAGGGCGAUUUGCCCUAUGUUUCAGGGCGUGGGGGUUGCCUCGCUCAUCAUAGUCAUCUACCUGAACAUCUACUACAUCGUGGUGCUGGCCUGGGUCCUCUUCUACCUGUUCAACUCCUUCCAGAACCCGCUGCCGUGGUCCACGUGCGAAAACUGGUGGAACACCGAUAAUUGUUACGACCGCGAGAGCCCCUACGCCAACCCGCAUCUGUUCCAACCGGACGGCAACUGGUCCUUCCUCAACAACAUCAGCACCUACGACUACUUUGAAAACUUCACCGACACAUCCCUGAAUGGAUCAUUCCUGAUGGUCAAGUCCGCCGAGGAGGAAUUCUGGACCAAUCGCGUGUUGAGGAUGUCCGAGUCCAUGUCUCUCGGCAAGGUGCACUGGGAUCUGGCGCUGUGCCUGCUGCUGGCCUGGGUCGUAUGCUACUUCUGCAUUUGGAAGGGGAUUAAAUCCACAGGCAAGGUGGUGUACUUUACGGCGACCUUCCCGUACCUGAUGCUCAUCAUCCUUUUCCUCCGCGGGGUGUCGCUGCCCGGUGCUGGCGAGGGCCUGAAAUUCUACCUCUUGCCCGACUUUGGCCAGCUGGGCAGGCCGGACGUUUGGUUUGACGCGGGGACUCAGGUGUUCUUCACCUACGCCAUAUGCCAGGGAGUCUUGACUUCUCUAGGAAGCUACAACAAGUACAACAACAAUUGCUACAGGGACUGCGUGGCGCUGUGCCUUCUUAACAGCGCCACCAGCAUCUUCGCCGGCUUCGUGGUGUUCUCUGUGCUGGGCUUCAUGGCGUUUCACUUGGACGUGGCGGUGGAGGACGUCGUUACAAGCGGUCCAGGCUUAGCCUUCAUCGCCUACCCCAAAGCACUUUCAAUGCUACCCGGCGCCCCUUUUUGGACCGUGCUCUUCUUCCUCAUGAUGCUCCUCCUGGGUUUGGACACUCAGUUUGUGUGCGUGGAGAGCCUAGCAACGGCCAUCAGUGACCUGUUCCCGCGGCAUCUGAGGAGGCCCUGCGCUCGGGAGAUCCUGGUUCUGCUGAUUGCGGUGGUCUGCUUCCUGCUGGGCCUGCCCCUCGUCACGGAGGGAGGAAUCUUGCUCUUCCACCUGAUUGACAACUUCGGGCCGAGUGGGACCAGUUUGCUCAUCAUCGCCUGCUUUCAGAGCAUCGUCAUAGGCUGGGUGUAUGGCGCCGAUCGUUUCUUGGACAACAUCGAGGACAUGAUCGGGUACCGGCCGUUCCCCGUGCUCAAGUACUGCUGGUUGCUGGUCACGCCGCUGCUCUGCGUGGUCACCAUGCUGUAUGACCUGGCCAAAACACAGUCGCUCAUGGUGUACGACUACCAAAUGGGCACGUGGGGAUUGGCCGUGGGCUCGCUGCUCAUCCUCACGCCGCUCAUCUGCAUCCCGGCGUUCAUCCUCAUCACGUUGUGCAGGAGUCCCCAGAACAUGACCACGCCGUCCAGCGAGCUGCGUCAGGCUCGGCCUCACAAUCCCACCCUGACGCUGUGCGCCCACGUCGUCCGUGGGCCUGCCCGAGCGAGGACGGCGAGAGGAGGCGAUGAGAAGAUGGCGAUGGGGGAAGCCAGCGGCGUUUAAUUGACUAAUGACAUCAUUGGGAAUGUUUACAGUUUGUGUCGGUAUUCAGGGACCUAUGAGUAGACCUCUUCUGUUUUUUUUUUUAUGUACCAUUUACAUACCCCGAAUCAUGUACCAAUUAUAGUCAACAUUUAAAGGUCUGCCAUUGAACAUUUUUAGGACUUGUCACUUGAAUUUUGGCAGGCGGCACGGUGAGCGACUGUUUAGGAUCAACCGCCUCACAGUUCUGAGGACCGGGGUUCAAAUCGUGGCCCCGCCUGUGUGGAGGAAAGCGAACCGGAGUGCCCGGAGAAAACCCACGCAGGCACGGGGAGAACAUGCAAAUUCCACACAGGCGGGGCCGGGAUUUGAACCCCGGUCCGCAGAACUGUGAGGCAGAUGUGCUAACCAGCCGACUGCUGUGCCUGCUAGACACCAACAUUUUAUUCAAAAAGGCCCCAAAAUGAACAUUUGAAUGGGGUUUGACUGUAAUCUUACCCUGUGGUACUGUACGUACAGUAUGUAAGCCAGUCUGUUGUACCUGUACUCUAUAUGAUAAACAUAUAUAAGGUUUCUAACAUUUAUACAUUUCAGAAGUUCGCAAGUCACACACACACUUCAACUAUGACAAAUCUCACCAGUGCACCACAUUCUUUUGUACAGAGUGUGAGUGUAUGUGUGUGUGUGUGCGUGUGAUGCCAAAAUCGGUCAUGUGUGUGUGAUGUGACGUGGCAUUCGAUUAGCGCGCGAUUCCGUUCGUCUGGUUGUCCCACAAAUGAUGGAGGACAAUUAACCCUCAUUGUCUGCUUGUACAAACCGUAUGUACUGUACGGUCGGUCAAUUGCAUAAACUUUCUUAAAUAUUCAAAUAAAAAGCAUGAUCAUUA